AAGCUUAAAAUAUAGCCCAAAUCUAGUAUUGUGUAGUUUGUUUUAAAUCUCAUCAGACUCUGUGUUGUAGAGGCUCUGAGGUUAUAACUGAAUAACUAGCUGCGUCAUCAUAUUGCAGACUUGCAGUUCUUCACUCGCCUUUAGAGAAAAGAAUAUAAAAAGAGGGUUUUUCCGAGGUUUAAUCAUCCAAGUGGAAACACUACAACUAUCUGCUCAGAGGACGACAUAUACAUCCGGCUCUGACGUGGAUGGAGAUCACAAUCAGGAGAAAGGGGAUCUUACAUGCACAUAACUUAGAAUAACUUUCACUACCUUUUUUCUUUCAAUCUUUCAGCUAUAGAGGACUAAAGAGGAGGUCUGGGGGAGGGUUAAAGAAGAGAGGAGGAGCAGACAGGAACAAAAAAGGAGACAGUGAAGCAGAGAGAGACACAGAGAAGAGGACCAGUGAGAGUGAGACACAUAAUCAGAGACUGCUGUUUAAAGAUGGAUUUAGGUUUGCUUCAAGCACUGGAGAGAGAAAGAGUCCUGGAGGUUCUUCGAAGAGACAAACAGCUGCGUACCAUUGAAGAGGACAGGAUAAGGAGGAUGAAGUAUGAGCUGCAGGAGCUUCGAAGGAGAGGUGCAAAAAGUUUUGCCCGGCAGUAUGGCGAGCGGACCUGUGCCCGCUGUCAGAGGCCGCUGGGAAAGUUUUGGAACUCGGGCGCAGUCUGCCACAGCUGCAGCCACCGCAUCUGCAGCAAGUGCCGCGUGGGCGUGGGAGCGGCGGGCUGGAAGUGCACGGUCUGCCACGCCUACAGGGAGGUGAAGUUCAAGUCUGGAGACUGGUUCUUAGAGGAGAAGGCAAAGAAAUUUCCAGUCACUACAGACAAAUAUGAGAUGGUUGGGGACAGAUUAUUAAAGACCUACCAUGUGCUGAGUCAUAUAUCAGUUGUGCCUCCAACUCCUCCACCCCACUUGGAUUAUCAGUUUCUGAGCAGAUCCGGGGAUUUGAAGAACUCAAAACCUUUUACCAAAUCUAUGGAGGAUCUAAUGGUGUCCUUCACAAGUCAUAUUAAAAAGAUUUCCACUUCUCAGAACGAUGUGCGAGGAGACCUGCUGAGAGUCAACAACAGUCGGAGAGGGUCGUGCUACAGCACCCAGAAGAGUCUCUCUGAAACAGACAUCAACAAAUCUAGCAAUCUCUUUAAAGGCCCCAGUCUUCCAAACCUGUUCAAGAAAAGCAAAGACAGCGACCAGGAAGGCUCUUCUACUGGGGCGGAAGAAGAAACAUCCUGCGGUUCUGAGUACUCUGGAGGAAAGAGAGGCAGCAGCAGUAGCAGCAUCAGCACAGACUGCGGCCCCUUCGAGAGCAUCAGCAUAACAGGAGAGCUGGAGCUGGCUCUGGCCUACAACACCAACACUUCCUGUCUGGAGAUCACAGUCGGCGCCUGCAGAAAUCUCAACUACGGAGACACCAGGAGAAAGAAAUGUCACCCAUGCGUCAAACUCUACAUGCUGCCGGGAAAAAGCGGCAAAAUGAAGACGACAGUCAAGAAAAACACGACUGAUCCGGUUUAUAAUGAAGUUUUAAAGUAUCACGUAGAACGCCACCUGCUGUUUGGAAAGAGACUGCGGGCCACUGUGUGGCAUUCAGGAACCCUAAAAAGGAAGGUGUUUCUCGGUGAGGUCCUUGUCCCGCUGGACGGCUGGAGAUUUAAGGACAAGGACUCCCAGCGCUUCAACUGGUACCCACUUUGUCAGAAGGCUGAGAGUCCAGAGGGCGGCGCUGUGGAGCAGGACGGAGGAGAACUGCUGGUUAGAGUCAAGCUCAGCUCCAACAACCAGGGUGAGCUGCUGCAGCUCAGCUCCCUUAAAUGUCUGCAAGAAAAAGACACACGUCGCCAGAUAAUUUAAUAUGUAUUUAUUGUAAAAAUCUCAUAAUAACAUUGCAUCUGCAUUUUCACCUGAUUAAACAUCUGUUGGGCAUCCUUAAAUUUGGAUCAAAUCUUGAAAAUGGAGGAUAAUGUAGUUGUCCGUUUGCACACAAAAAACA